AUGUAUCUAUGGUAUCGUCUUACUGAUAAUUAUAAUCUUUCUAGCAAGCACGAGGCGGGAUUCAUUGAUUUCAGGGGAGUUUCAAAAGUGGAUGUUACGUUCGAGAUUGACGAGAAUGGAAUACUCAAAGUGACGUCAAGGGAGAAGAUCCCCGGAGCAAAAUCUCAGUCCCUAACCAUCACCAACUACAAAGGAGGUCUGACGCAACAAGAGAUUGAGAGAAUGAUCAAAGAAGCAAAGGAAAUGGCAGAGCAAGACAAGACAGUCAAGGCACGUUUGGAUGCCAGGAUCGUGUUGGAGCGCUACGUCUAUGAUGUCAAGAAUGCCAUCUUUAGUAGUGAUGCGCUGCAGCAGGUGGGCGAUGAGAGGAGAAAGGAGGAGAUGAGCUCUGUGCUAGCAACUUCACGUUGGUUGGACGAGAACCAAGGGGCUGCCAAAGAAGAUUACGAUAAGAAGCUGAAUGAGCUGAGAGGCGUUUGGGAUCCUAUUCUGAGCAAGCGCAAGAAGAUGGUAUGCUUGAUUUCCUUCGACAAUCCUGCUUCUCAAUUUGAUGGGUGUUGUUUAUUUCAGAUGGUUCAGCAAAUGAUAGACUCCAAAUUCGUUGAGUAUGGGUUGGCCACAACCGAGCCAAACUUGACGACUGCUGGUGAUAAACAGUUUCCAGUUGCUGUAAAGAAAGCAGCUUUGCGAGAUGUUCAGAAUCAAAAUAGGGCUCACAACUUCAUCAGCAACUCUCCAUUGACUAAGAACAGUGGACAAAGUAUGGAUCCCAUUAAUAAGGUUUCUGGUACCAAGAGGCCCUCUCCCGAGAGUCCAAUAGCACAUAACCAGUCCCCAAAUGGUAAUGCUGCAAAUGCUCAACUAGUUUAUGUGCGCCGGAAAGCCGAAGCUGAAAUUGCCAAGAUUAAUGCUAACUCCCCCAAUCAACAAGUUGGGCACUCUGGGGAGACCAACCAGCCAAAAUCAAUGACUAAGGAACAACCAAAGGUUUCUCAAUUUUCAGCAUUCAUGGCACCUAUGCCCGUCGGCACCACAAUAAGUACAUCGAAGCCUUCAGUUUCCCUUCCUAUAACACAGUCUAGUACUCCGAGAUUUGCAUCGGUGCAGCCCACUUAUCAUCCCUUUUCUGCUUCUGCUGUACCUGUGUCUGAUAAAGGGAAGGGGAUGAGAGUUAUGCACUGGGAGGAACGAUAUUACCAGUUACAAGUUCUGUUAAAGAAAAUAGAUCAAGCAGACGAAGAGGACUACAUACAGAUGCUCCGAUCUCUUUCUUCAGUUGAGCUUAGCAGACAUGCAGUCGAGUUAGAGAAGCGAUCCAUUCAGCUUUCUCUGGAAGAAGCGAAGGAAAUACAGCGAGUGGCAUUCCUUAACAUACUGGGGAGGAAUCUCAAAGCACCACCCACAAUUCAGCAGAGGAAAUGACACCCUGUGUUCAUACGGAUCUCUUUCGGGUUAUAUCUACUACUACUCUUACCACUGUGGUCAUCAUCGUCAUCCCUUUGUUCAAUCGCAAUUUUGUAAGCUGUUGUAUGCUAGUUCGCUCUAUUUGUCUCUCAUAAUUUUUAACUGUAAGUGUUGUAUAUUUGAAGUGAGUACUAAACUAAUUCAAGGAGGGGGCCAUGGGAGGAAGGUAAAUUAGGCAGUUCCCUAACUUGAAUGUUUUUGAGACAGAAGUUCACGACUAGCUAGCAUUUUUAUCAGAAAGAAGUGUGUUGUUAUCGAUUUGGUGUAGAGGAUUGGAUUAAAUCCUUAUCUUAUGGGCAGUUUUUUCUGUCCAAGAUUCAGACAUGAUAUCAUUGUUUCUGUAAUGAACAUGGCAGUUAUCCUUUUUCUCGUUUAUCUGAUAAAACAGUUACCAAAC